GGGAGCUAACACGCGGGAAGAUUUGGGGAGAUUUAGUCGCCUGGUGACUAAUCACCUCUUCUGCGGGGAUAAUCUCCCGAUCUGCUGUAAUGAGAAAACGCCAGCGCCUAUGCACUCGCGUCGUUUCGAUUUCCGAAAUCACCCAAAGUUUCCUCGUGAGGCAAAUUCGGGUGACUUUGGAAAUCUAAGGGACCCGCUGCAGGACUCUUAUCUAAAGGUUUACUUAUCCGUUAAUGGACCUCAACUGCCAAAAUGUACAGUUAUAAACUUAGGGACUGUUACUGCUGAAUUGUGCUUAGUAUAUUAGUAACAUUAUGGCUCUGAAUGAGCAACUGAUAAUUCCUCCACCAAGUCCCAUGUUACAGUUAUUUCAUUUGCCAGAAUGUGUUAUUAAACUAUUUGGGUGUCACAGUUUGCAGAGAACAGAAUUGUACUUUGUUACUGUAACGGUCUCCAAGGCAACAGGGCAAAGGGUUAAUGCAUCAUUCCCGGAAUGUGUCCAGAAACAGGAGCCAUAAUGAGAUGUAUUGUUGCCACGGCAACCAAAUUGUCCUGAAAUGAGUCGGUAUUGUCAUUGUGAUGGGACCUGAGUAAUGUCACCCCUUGUGCAACUAUAUUCAUAUAUUCUGUGUAACUUUCAUUAUUACGUUCAUUUAAAAAAAAAAAAAUCUCAAGUGUUUGAACUAUAAAAUAGUGGGAAUAUUGAAAAUAAACGUUCAUUGACUUAUAUAGACAUUCACCAGGUUUUAGUUGCUGAAUUUAUUUUAUUUGCAUUUUUGAGAUUUAAAAAAAAAAAAGAAAAAUUCCUCAGAUCAGGACAAAAUCAUAUUACAGAUAAUAUAUGCUGCUAUUGAGUUUGCAGGAGGCAUUAUGAUGUCAUCAGUUUGAGUUUGCAGGAGGCAUUAUGAUGUCAUCAGUUUGUUUUGCAUUGUCUCCCUGUGAAAACAGCAUCCAUUAUGACAUCAUCGCUUGGGAUGACAUAACAAUGGGUAAUUUGAUCUGCUGACUCUGUAACCAUGGCAACACCAUUGUGAGGUCAUAAUGAUGAAAACAGGCUUUAACAGCUGUCAGGUGUUUGCAGUCAUUCUGAGUUAGGAGUUCGAGGAGGAAGGAGCUUGCUCUUUAUUCCUUGUUCUUUUAACUCAAUUUUUUUAAAAUGUCCGAAAAUAUAUUUUUAAAUCAUUUUUCAUAUACGAAAUGGAUCAUUACCCUAUUAUUAGGCUUCUCUGCUGGAGUUUUGGACGUCAGCUUUUUUUAUAUAAUUAUGGGAAUAGUGAUGUGGAUCUUGUACAGAUGCUGGAAGCCAAGUACUGAGCCAUCAGCAAUAAAGUGUCAGGACAAAGCCAAGGAACAGGCAAAGGUCCCACACAAGGUCACUGACCGAGAGUUUGAGAGACUCCGGUACCUGCAAGUGUUAGUGAACAAUUCGUGGCCGUACAUAACAAAAUAUCUGGAGAAAUUUCUAAGAUGGAGAAUUCAGCCGCUGAUCAGAUCCCGAUUUAAAUAUUUAACCAAUUUUCACUUCUUUGAUAUUGAUUUUGGCAAUAAGGCUCCACAGGUGACUCACAUGAGAGUUCAGUCUGAUCCAGAGAAGAAGCAGAUUCUCCUGGAUCUCAAAAUCAGUCUCAACGCAGCGGUGAUGGUUAAUGUUGGAAUAUCUAAGACUAUCAUGGCCGGAGUGAAGUCUGUGAAGCUGGAGGGAACAUUACGAAUAAUUCUGGCUCCGCUGAUACCAGACGUGCCCUUUACUGAAGCCGUGAACAUUUACUUCCCUCGGCGGCCGGUGUUACAUCUACAGUGGACAGGACUCACCAACCUGCUUAAUAUUCCCGGUCUUCACACCAUGACAGAAAGAAUGAUUGUGGACCAAAUUGCCAACUUCAUGGUUGCGCCAAAAUUUUUCACUCAGCCCCUGGCAGCCAACUUUGACAUGAAAAAUCUGCCCUUCGCGGAUCCCUGGAACGCACUUCGGAUUCAUGUAUUAGAAGCAAGAAAUCUCGUUGCAAACGACUUCUUCUCCAAGAAAUCAGACCCUUUUGUAGUUGUGCGCGGAGGAGGCACAGUUGGGAAAACCAGGGUCAUAUCUAAGAACCUCAACCCGCAGUGGAACCAGACAUUUGAGAUAUUAUUUUCAGAUUUACCAGGGCAGGAGAUUGAAUUUGAGGUUCUGGACAAAAAUGUUCAGAGAGAUGAUUCACUGGGCAGCUGUAAAAUUGCAGUUCCACAUGUGCUAAAGAAGAAAUUCAUUGAUAAGUGGAUCCGGUUGGACAAUGUGAAGUCUGGGGAGCUCCAUAUCAAGGUGGAAACUCUCAAACUCUUUUCAGACCGUGACAAGCUGCAGAAGGUGUUAAAUCUGAACAAAAGGCCGCGGCCCCCUAAGAGUGAGGAGUUGUCAUCAGUUGCCCUUUACACCGUCAUCCAAAAAGCCAGGGGUCUGCCAGUGAUACGGCCGAAGAAAUGCAAAUUAAACCCACUGGCCACCGUGGAAGUGUCAGUGACAGAUACAGUCAAGAGGACGGGGGCCCAAAUAAAUUCCGGAGAGCCAGAGUGGAAGGAGAGGUUACAAUUCCUCAUAAAGGACCCACGCGGCGAGAGAAUGCAACUAAAUGUACUAAAUCAGCGCAACAAGGUUCUGGGACACAUCUCUGUUUCCCUAUCAACACUCAUGGCUGCCAAGGAUAUGACCAUGGAGGGCUGGUUCCCUCUUGAGUCCACAGUAAAUAACAGCGAGAUUUGGCUGAAGCUGCAGCUGAUGAUUCUUGCCCCUCGCAUUUUUCAUGUGAAGCGAUAGAACCAGAAAGAACUUCCAGAACCCAAAUCCUGGACCAAGGAGGAACUGAGGAGGAUGAAGAGGAGAAGGAGGAGGAGGAGGAGGAGGAGGAGGAAGGAGGAGGAGGAUUUAGCACAAAGAUGAAGCUUUCAGCUUGAGGCAAAGGAGGCUCUGAAGAUCCUUGCCCUGAUGGACCUUCUGCAUCAGGAUAAAGGGACCUUCUCUAGCCCUGUGGCAAAGGAGGGUCUGAAGACUCUUAGCUACCUUUUUUCCACCCAAGAAUUAAAAAGUAUCAAAAGCAUUGACUAUAAAUAUAAGCAAUUAAAAAAAAUAAAAUUAUAAAAUGAGUGAGCUUUAUUAGUGACUGGGCAUAAAGAGGCAGAGUAGGAAGGUUAAUUAUUUGAAACCAUAAAAAAUACACAGCUACUUAAAAUAAGUCAAUGUACAACCAUCUAAAAUCAUGUUUAAUGGUGAACUUUCCCUUUAAGGCCAUAGGCAGUGACACAUGGGAAUCACUUGAAAGGGGAAACCUACAAAUUUUAAUCCAUGUGUCUUGGGUCUAAGAUGGGUCUAUAUUCUUUAAGUUGCCCAGUCUGGGAGCCACCUACCUACACACGUGUGGCUGAUAGAGCUAAUGAUUGGCUCU